AUGCCUAAUAUUUGUUGUAGUUGUAAGGAACCAUCGUCGCCAUUAUAUACAGAUUGUAUUGUUACACACUCCUUUAUGGUAGUAGGGAUGAGAUUUCGUGGUGGUCAUAAGUUUAAGAAAUCAGAUACCAUCACUCUUGAACCGGAGCCUUCUAAUACGUAUGAUAAGAAUGUGAUAAAAAUUAUGGUAGAUGGUAUCCAUAAAGCCUAUGUGGCAAAGGACGAGAAUGUAAGUAUAGGAGAUUUGAUGAGACGCUACCCUCGUUAUCGGGUAAAUGCCCAUGGAAAAAAAAACUAUAACCAAUCGGCGUCUUUAAAUCUCGAAUAUCCUUGGAUGAUUUGUGAGAGAUGUCGUGAUACACUACAAGCAUCGAGGGACUAUGACUAUAGUUAUUGGUGA